AUGUCAAGAUCCUGUUACGCCCACCGGCGUGGCGUCAAGGCUGCUUGCCACUUGAAUUUACCCUGCCUUGUACUCGUUUAAAAUUUCAACAAAAUGAAAAGUAUUAUCUUGGAGGAUCAGUUUAUCAUCCCGAAGUAUCCACUGCUGCCCGUGCCACUCAUCAAAUAUGAAACCAUACACAAUUUGGACUGCACCAGGGAUCUGAGGGUCAGUCUGCCACAAAUUAUAGUGAAAGUGAAUGAUGUUGCAGGCGGCGAUGGCCCCAAGGAGCCAACUGCUGGCACUCGCCUGUUUCAGAGCAUUGGCGUGGAAGCGGAGUCCUCGGAGCCAGAGGAAAUUAAAUACAAAUGGAGCUCGCCUCGGUUGAUGAUCCUCUGCGAGGAUGGGGACAUCAAUUGUGCCAUGCACUAUCUGCUGGAGUCCAUUCACGAUCCCUUUGCUGCCAAUGCGGUGGCCACGCUGCUGCUGCAAGAGUCCAUGCUGGAGGAGUUUACCGAACGACUGCAGGAUCACUUGGUGGAGCUGCGUCCCGAGAUAGCCAAUCAUCCGGUGUAUCUGAAAACUUUGGCCAGAGUGGAACAGCUGAAGGCCAGAACGAUUGUGUCCCCGUCGGAGCACGUUCCACGGAAUGCCUCGCCCACGAUGGUCUUUGAUUUCAGUCACAAUUACUUUGGGGAUGGACCCACUGGGGUCAUCACCCUGCACACCUUUCGCACCUUCAAGGACGCCCUCCAGGUGCAGGCGCGUGAGCCGCUGGCCUUCACUUCGGUGAGCAUUUGGAAUGAGAAACUGGGAGCCGCCUACGAGCUGGUCGCACGCCUCAAUUUCGAUAUAUUUCUGCUCAACUGCUUCUACGUCAAUCUGGAUCCCAUUGGGCUGGCGUUUGUGGGCAAUAUGAACUCAGCGAAGGUCUCCCAGGACUACCACUACGAAUCGCUGACUUUCCAGAAGAAGCGCAAGGUGAUUGUCCACCCAGCGGCUACCACCUGGGGCCAGAGGGCCAAGGAGUUGCAGCCGCCACAGCCGCGAUCUUUCAAUGUGGUUAUACUGUAGAGACCACGGCCCCCUUCCCUCGGGGGGUCACUCAACUCUGAAAAGUUUCGCUAGCUAAGUUUCCUCCGCCACCGCCCCCCCAAAAAAGAAGACGACUAAUUGAGUUUCCGGCUGCUUGGGCAGCAGCUCCAUUAGCAAUUUGAUUGCCCAAAUAAGUUUCCAGGGAAAUUCAACAGGCGGCCCGGCUCGGCUCGACUCGGCUCCCUCUUUAGGAGAAAUAAUCAAUGGAAAAUUAUCGUUGUGUGUGUCUCUUUUUGGGGGUUGGCGGUCCCUCUUUGGUGUUGUUAAAAUUAAAAAUUCCUUUUGCGAAGUAAUUUACG